UGUUUUGUAUUCAGAGGCUGUCUUAGCUGUGCUUGUUAAUACUUGCCUGUAAUCCCAGAAUUUGGAGAAACAGAGGAAAGAAGAUAACUGAGUUCCAGGCCAGCCUAAGCUUGAGUGAGAUCCUUUCUCAAAAGAAGGGUUAGAACAAAUAUAAAGUAGGGUCUUGCCCUGUAGCACAGGCUAGCCUUAAACUUACUCUGAAGACCAGGCUGGCUUCUAACUUACUCCAAUCCUCCUGCCUCCACCUCGUACAGGCCUGUGCCACCAUGACCUGCUUUUGUGACAGACAGACAGACAGGUUGUUUCUAAUACCUGGCUGCUCAUGUCGAGUAUGAGAAUAAAUGUAAAAUAUUAAAGUAGAUGGACCUUGUACCCCACGGCUAAUAAUAAGUAUCUGACUUUUGGGUCCUUGAAGCCUUGCCCCGUGGCAUUCCACACACUUGUCACACACAUGUGCUUCCUUGGACUCUGAAACCUCUCACCAGAACAGCAGCCUCAGUGCCUUUCUCAGAAACGGAGGUGACCGCCAUCGUCUUAACUUCCGAAAUGAGAACUUAUCCGCUAUAGCGCUUUCAGCGAAGGGGGUAUCUCGGGCUUGUAUGUUUCUCUGGGAGUUGUGCCACAGGCCUGCCCAGCAUCUAGCUAUAGAGAAAUACUACUCCAGAUACAAGGCGAGGCACUCCCCAUCCCCACACAGAGAUAGAGACACAGAGGAGGAGGUGGGGGGAGGGGGAGAGAGAGAGAACCAGUAAAUUGCAGCUCAUCCACUUAGCAUAUUGGGCAUGUCUGAACACAAUAGAAUCAACGACCCUCGGCUUUAAGCUUCAGGUCCCUGCCGGUCCCCGCGCCCACCCGCAGGCUCCGGGACGCACGUUUGCACUUCAGAUGCCGCUGGAGAAGAUUCGCUCUCACUCCCCGACUCCAAUCCCUCCCGGACCUUGACCUUGACCUUGCUCCUCACCCAAACAAGUCCUAGCGGCUCGCCAGCGCAUCUUCCCUAGCCACCCAAGCUUCCCCAGCAACCAGCUCCACGCGGCUUUUUUUAGCAAAUUCAGAGUUAAAAUUCGAUAAUGAAGUAUCAAAUGCCUACAUAUUUAUACAUAAUGCUUAGCGGUUCCUAAAUAAUGACUUUCGUGUUUGAACGGCCCCGGUAGUAUAACUUGACUCUCUCUCUUCGGCCCCCUUUUUCAAGAGAAAAGAAAACCUGUAUCUAAUCAGACACUGCUGCUUAGCCAAGCCCACCGCCCGGCCGGCCUUGCAGUGUGAAGGCCUGGUCAUGGGCGUGGGGCUCCGGUCUCCCCGCCCACCUGAGGGUCCUCCCGCCACCCCAAGGGUUUCUAACGAAGGAAGGAAGAUCUCUCGGAAGUCCUUUCUCAAGGUCAAAGCCUUCAGUAGGCGGGCGAGGCCCCAUCCCCCCGAGUCUGCUUGGAGACCUUGGCUGUCGACUGCCCUAAGAUUCUCUGGGACAGGCGCAUUUCUCAUCUGGGAUAUCUUUCUAAUUUACUAUUUUUCACUUCGGGAAAUUAACCUUUGGGUGUUUGGGGAAUUACUUUAUGAAUUAAAGCCAUUUGCUAGUACUGUUUUCCUUGUAUUUUUCUCCAACAUUUUUACGACCCGUGGAAGAUGGCGCACUUCUGGUCCAGUCUGGUUUUACUUGUGGCCGUUUCCAGUGCGUUUGAAUUUGGACUCAUUGCUGGGUUGGGCCACCGUGGGCCGGCUAUUCCAUCUCCGAGAGACCUGGCCAUCAGAGAUAACAGCCUUCGGAACCAGGAAGAACCUGCGUUACGAUCUCGCUCUUUCCAGUUUGUGCCUCCCAUGGGGAUAGAGAACAGUAAGUUGCUUAAUAAAACUUGCUGCCUGAAUGGAGGGACCUGUAUCCUGGGGUCCUUCUGUGCCUGUCCACCUUCCUUCUAUGGACGCAACUGUGAGCGUGACGUACGAAAAGAGCACUGUGGGUCUGUCCUCCACGGCACCUGGCUGCCCAAGAAGUGUUCCCUGUGCAGGUGCUGGCAAGGCCGGCUCCACUGUUUUCCUCAGACCUUUCUACCUGGCUGUGGUGGUCAUGUGAUGGACCGGGAUCUCCCAGCAUCCAGGACUCCAGGACGAGCACCGUCUGUGCUGACUACUUUCAUGCUGGCUGGCAUUUGCCUUCUUCUGGAAACGAAAGUGUAGCUGUCUGUCAUAGGAACUCAAUGCCAGCAUCCUAACAAAGAUGAUCAUUUGUCAAUGAUUUGGAAGUAAUGCUCAUAGUGAUCCCUGGCACGGCCCCCCCCAACUCUAACUAGGCCUCACCUCUGCACAGCUCUGCCCCUUUCUGGCUGUGUUGGCAGUCAAAGCCAUAGCCUGUGUGUGCCAAGCGCUCUAACACUGAGCUACAUCCCCAGCCUAAAAACCAUUCUACUUAAAAACUGUACUACAGGGUGGGGAUUUAGCUCAGUGGUAGAAGGCCCUGGGUUCAGUCCUCAGCUCCGGGGGUGGGGGAGUGGAACUAUACCACAUGGCCACAUCCUGUGGGUUUUUUUUUUUUAAUUUAUUUUAUUUUAUUUUUAUUUUAUGUGCAUUGGUGUUUUGCCUUCAUGUAUAUCCGAGUGAGGGUGUCUGUCCCCUAGAACUGGACUUACAGGCAGUUGUAAGCUGUCAUGGGUGCUGGGAAUUGAACCUGGGUCCUCUGGGAAAGCAGCCAAUGUUCUUAACCACUGAGCCAUCUCUAGCCCACAUCUUGUGGUUCUUGAUAAAAGUAAUUCUUAACAUUUCUUGCUAAUACUUUUAAGCAGUUCUUAAGAUUAUUAAAUCCUGAUAUGCAACUGAGAGUAAAUUCAGAGUAGGUGAAAAUUAGUUAAGAAAUUGUCUUUUAAGAAAACAAAAGUAGGGGCUGGAGAGAUGGCUCACAGGUUAGGCGCACAGGCUGUUCUUCCAGAGAUGUUGAGUUCAAUUCCAAAUAACCACAUGGUGGCUA